CGCCCCACCAUCACAGGAAGAGAUAAGCGACCGAUAGGCCCUUUGUGCAGGUGUCCUCCAGCUGCAGGGAACAACUGGCACCUUCUGACAGCUCCGUCAUAGCUUCGAUCAUAGGAUCCAACAAUCUUUUGGGGGGAAAGGCGGUGGCAUGAGCCAGUGAGCUGCCUCCAUCUGUCUUCAACAACUCGAACUAGGUGGCAUACUCGACAGCUAAGAGUUGGCCGAUCGCAUCUCUCACCACGAUUCCAUCAGCAGCGGACCGAAGCCAGCUCACAUUCGCCGCCAAGAUGCCGUCUCUACUGGUCGUCAUCUUUGUCAUAGAGCUGUUCGUCCAGCUUGUCAACACCAUCGGCGCGGCGACGAUCAACAAUCUUUUGUGGCGCAUCGCCCUAUCUCUCCCGCUUCCCCUCUCGGCCCAGUUCGCUGCCCAGCGCAAGAAGCAGAAGGAGUAUCUCGCAAUCCGCCGCGAGCUCAACGCCACCAGCAGUCAGGAUGAGUUCGCCAAGUGGGCGCGCCUUCGCCGCCAACAUGACAAGCUGCUAGAGGACUUGGAGAAGAGGAAGAAGGAACUCGACGCAGCCAAGACCAAGUUCGAUCGCACUCUCACGACUGUGCGCGUGGUAGCUACGAGGGGUUUGCAGUGGUUUUUGCCUUUCUGGUACUCGCGCGAGCCCAUGUUCUGGCUGCCCUACGGCUGGUUCCCCUACUACGUCGAAUGGUUCGCCUCGUUCCCUCGCGCGCCGCUGGGCAGUGUCAGCAUCGUGGUGUGGCAGUGGGCGUGCACGGGUGUGAUCAAGCUUGUCAUCGAAACGGUCAUGGCGGUUGUUGGCUUGAUUGUCGCUGCCAGACAGAAGCAGCAAGAGAAGCAGAAGGCGAAGCAGGCGGUGCCUGCGGCGGGAGGUGGUGACAGCAAGGCCGAGGAAGCCAAGUGAUGACGAGGAUGGACUUUGAACAUUCAGCAAUAGAAGAGAUAUAUGUCAGCAUACGGCAGGAAGAUUGUAUACACGACUAUUAAUGUAUUAUAGCCGCUGACUGGUAAGAAAGCCAGCAAGGCCUGAUGAUGCGAUGGCUUUUACGAAAUGGAAUGUCUCUCAUCAAUUUGACGCAAAGUUCUUCAUUGCCGGAGCUGGAACACUGCAAC